AUUAUGCAAGGGAAAGUUAGUGGCUUUUAGUAGUUUCACAAGACUGCUCUGUGUUAUUGACCAGGGAAUUAUCCUUAUCAUUUGCUUAUCGCGUCUUGCCUUCUCGCAUGCUGUUCUUUGGUUCUCGAAACGGCACAGGUCUGUGUGUUUUGUGUACUUCAACUUGUUGAAUACCAGCACCCUUCCCUCUGUGAGGAGUGCUCAGUGUUCAAGGUUCAGGAAGAUAACGAGAGGUGAGCGGCUGACGCAUAGCUCGUGUUGUGUUACCAAAGGCUCAUAUCAGAUUACGGUAGACAGCAGCUUGGGUGAAACCGUAGCUGUAUUCAGACCGCUGUUGCUCGAACAAACCAGGAACUGGGACUAACAAAGGAGUUUUAAAGAAGUAAAAUAAGCUAACAGUGGGCUUCCUGUUUUAAGAAGAGCGUUACCAUGGGUAAGAAGGCACAACACUGUCUGCUGCUUUUGCUGUGUUUGUCUGGACUUGUUCACUAUUCAGCAGCCUUUGUGUUUUGGACAGCCAUAAUGGAAAUAAGCUAUAUUAACAGCAACAAUACGCUUGAAGACAAAUACUGUGACUGUGGGGUGUAUGGUCGUAACUCUCCCGUGGAGGAAGUCUCCGGCAUUGUUACACUUCCCAAGGGAGACCCCAGAGGCUGUGGCUCAGACCCUGUCUACAACCGCAAUUUCAGCUCCCCGCCUUGGAUAGCCCUGAUAAAAAGGGGCAACUGCACUUUCAGUGAGAAGAUCAAUGCUGCCCACCGACUAGGAGCAACGGGUGUGGUGGUGUAUAAUGUGGAUGGCACUGGCAACAGCACCACUCACAUGACACACCCAGAUGCAGAUGAUGUUGUGGCUAUCAUGAUUGGCAACUCUCAGGGCAUGGAGAUUGCCAAGUUGGUGAGGAAUGGGACAGAGGUGCUGAUGCGUAUUGCUGUAGGCAGCCCCCAUGGACCCUGGUUGGACACAUACUGGCUUUACUUCCUGUCCAUCGCCUUCUUCAUUGUGACGGCAGCCUCCAUCGCCUACUUUGUGUUUAUCUCUGCCAAUCGUAUCUACAGUCUGAGUAUGCAUAGGCGCCAUGAGAAGAAGCUGAAAUCUGAGGCUAAGAAGGCGAUUGGGCGUCUGCAAGUACGGAAACUCAAGACAGGGGAUGAGGAAACUACGUCUGAGUCCCAUGUGUGUGCCGUGUGUAUUGAUUCCUACAAGGCAGGUGAAGUGGUGACAGUGCUGACAUGUGACCACAUCUUUCACAAAGCCUGCAUCGAGCCCUGGCUGCUGGAGAGGAGGACCUGCCCCAUGUGUAAGUGUGACAUCCUGAAGGCCCUCGGGGUUGAGGAGGAAACAAAAGAGAACCUUUCUGCUGAGUCCCCACCAGAUGUCACUGUGAUCACAGUGACAGGAGGAGAACCCAUGUACGAAGUCCCACUGACUGACCCAGCGAGCCCUCACCCAGAGAGACAGCAGCAUCUCUAUGACAACAGGGCCUUCCAGGGAGACUCAGAGGCUGGGAGAAGAUGAACAACAGCAACGGAAACAAAACAGCAGCAAACCAGGACACAGUCAAAUUCCCUGUUUGAAAUAGAUUCAAUAGAUGUAUCGUCACAUUUUUCUGGGAUACACUGAACCAGCACAAUGGAAUCAAACCUUAAUGUUCCAACAGGAGAAACGAUGUUCAUCCUGUAAUGCAG